AUGGAUAUACAAUUGGAUUUACCUCCAUAUGAUCCAUGGGUUGUGAGAAAAAUUUUAACAGAUUAUGAUACUUGUUAUGGUGAUCAUCUUAUUCUACCGCAAAGCCAAUUUGCAGAUUUUAUCAUUCCAGAGAUGAAAUAUUCUAACCCUGCUAUGGUGCAGCAAAUUGUAUCAGGAAACAAUGUUGACGUGAAGAUCCAUAUUAUAGAGGAGGGUCCCCAAGCUGCUGAUUACAGAGUAACGCUGGAAAUACACAAUCACUCUUACAUGAUUUCGAGAGGAUGGAGCGAUAUCGUUAAAGCAAGAGAUUAUAAGACAGGCAAUGAAAUUGGACUCAUGUGGGAGAACAUGUUGAAAAGAUUCAUACUCCACCAAAUAAGCUAG